AUGGGGAGCAAAACGCAUUCGGCGCCGUUGCAAAACAAGUUACAAGAACUACUCGACCGCCGACGGACAAACGCAACACUCCGUAAUCUGACAUUACCACUUCAAAAUCAGACCGACUUCUCGUCCAACGAUUUUCUAUCGCUAUCCACUUCGCCGCAACUCAAAUCGGAGUACCUUCAAGAGCUGCAAAGAAUUGAUGUGCCAUUGGGUAGCGGCGGGUCAAGACUCCUAGAUGGCAACUCGACGUACGCCGAACAACUGGAGCAAGAGAUUGCCAGCUUCCAUGGAGCUGCAUCUGGACUACUGUUCAACAGUGGUUUUGAUGCAAACGCGGGCUUCUUUGCGAGUGUGCCGCAGCCGGGAGACGUGAUAGUCUAUGAUGAGCUUGUACAUGCAAGCGUUCAUGACGGCAUGCGGUUAUCACGAGCGGGGAAGACGAUCGCUUUUGAACACAACUCCAUAUCUGCCCUACAGAAUGCUUUGAUAGCAGUUCUUGGUGAGGAUGAGGGUGUGCGAGACAAGAGCUGUAAUGUGUUUGUGGCAUUGGAAUCCAUCUACAGUAUGGACGGGGACGUAUGCCCUUUAAAGGAGAUGGUGGAGGUUGUAGAAGAAGUCUUGGGCCCUGAACGAGGAUACAUCGUCAUGGACGAGGCACAUUCUACUGGUGUAUUAGGACCAGAGGGAAGGGGGUUGGUAUGUGAGCUAGGCCUCGAGAAACGCAUAUUCGCACGGCUCCACACAUUCGGAAAAGCGGUAGCGGCGAACGGAGGUACGUCUUAUAUCGUUCUCUCCAAGUCUGUGAUCGCUCAUACGCUCUUCGUACCGGUUACUCCAGUCUGGCCAGAGCGUGAAACUACAAGCCCAUCUACAGAAUCUUACCCAGCAUCUCUAUACCAGUCUUAUUUAUCUCCAAAGACAAUCGAAAUCGGCUGGUCAAGCACUCACAAUUCCAAGUGCAUGCCCGAGAUCGCCCAUAUUCGCAGUACAAUUGGCAAAACCGAAAGUCCUGGCGAGCUUUCUGCAGACUCAUGGGAUGAUGGUCCGGGCGGUGGUACCGCCAACAGUGCCGGUGGGAACUGCUAG